ACAAAUAAUAUAGAAUUCUAAGUAUUUUUUAAAACAUUAUCACAUUAAUUAAAUUAGACGCUAACUAUGAAUUUUAAACUACUUUCUGUACAGAAUAUUAUGAGAAUGAUAAAUGACGAUACAUUCAAAGUAAAUGUUACUUCUCAGGACAGAAUGAAGGUGCCGUUUGGGACCAAGUUUCUGGAUGCUGCCUUGUGUGUUCCCGCGUCUUCAUGGGAGCACCAGGUCACCACAGGCGUCAUCUUGACACACGGAGCUGGUGGAGACAUGAACUCUAGACAUCUCAUUUCUCUGGCACAUGCUUUGGCUUCACAUGGCUUCUUGUGUCUCCGUUUCACAUGUAAAGGUUUAAAUCUAGCGCAUAGAGUAAAGGCUUACCGUGCAGUGUGGCACUACUUGAAAUCACUGCAGAGCUUGAAGCACAUAUUCUUUGGAGGCAGGUCAAUGGGGUGUCGUGCUGCUGCUGCCCUGGCCAAGCAACUACGUGAUGAAUCAGAGAGUGCUGUGCAGGGAGUCAUCUCUUUGUCCUUUCCUCUGCAUCCCCCGGGACAGACUCAUGCCCAUCAACAGCGGAGCGAAGAUCUCAGGGGGCUGCCUGAAAACACGUGCGUGCUGUUUGUGUCGGGCACGGAAGACAACAUGUGCGACAGGGUUCUGUUUGAAGGCACGGUGAAGGAGAUGAAAGCUCAAGUAGAGGUUUUCUGGCUGAAUGGAGGAAGUCAUGGCCUGAAAGUGUCAGGAAGGUCAGAGGAGUCUGUCUUACAGGAGGUCAACUCUCACGUCAUCACCUGGCUGAGUAAAUGGGAAGAAUAAUAUUUUAUUUUGUCUAGUCAUGUAAUAAAUGAUAUAUAUUUUCCGGCACUCUUUGUAGAAGUAUGUUACAAGUUGGGCACCGUUUGGACAAAGGCAGAGUCAAACCUGUUUAAGCCCACCAACUCAUCAAGUCCGGGUCCACUGUGUUCUUAAACAGUACAGAUGUCAGUACAGUACAGUACAGAUGAGGCCCAAAGGAAUCAUUUCUACGAAAAAUGUGUUAGUUUAUCUUGACGCGUUGUAGUAUCGUUAACGUCAUUAUAACGUUAUUGCUCUCGGGGUUUUGCAAAAGCACAUUUUGUGGUUCUCUCAAAAGGUAACAAAAUGCACCCAUUGUUAACCACCGAGCAGCGUAAGUUAAAUAAUUCUUUACGAUCACCUAUUUUCUUAGUCUUUGGUGAAAGUCACAAGUAAAAUGUGCAAGCGACAGCUCUUUAUGGUUCUGUCAGCAACCGCUUAUGUCGACGCGAGACGCCGACUUCAACAGGUUUCACUGUAUUACGACAUCAUUUAAAAAAAUGCACUAAUACGACACAAUGUUCAUUUGCUGCAUUUUGCAGUUAUAACAGGGCGGAGGUUGUCACACCAUCAUGCAAGACCGACCAAUCAGGAUUUUACGCUGCCAAUUCUGACACCGAUCAUCCAGGACUGAAAUGACAACAAUCACGUGAAUUAAUUAUACAGUUUCAAUGUAUUUAUGAUGAGUGCUGUUAUAUAACUGGUGAAACUUGGCGAGGAUGAGACGCCUUCUUUAAGGAGACUCUGGAUGUGAGAGUACACUGAUGGAGCUCUAGCAGGACUUCCAGGUACUCAGCGAACCUGGUGUCUUCCGCCUCUGAGAAAGGCUGGUCAUCUUGUUCGAUGAAUUCAGUUAUUUUUGGGGUUAUACGCUUAGCCUUCUGACUGUCACGCACAUAUGGACGAGUGUUGUCCACGUGACUACGUUAGCUGCUGUUUGACUGAUGAUCACAUCGUGAGCCUCUAAAACUCACCAUAGUCCGUCAAGUGUUUGUUCUUCAAAUGCCGCAUUAAAGGUUUUUAACGUGCCACCCGCACAAGAUAGUUUUCGUGGCGUGCGUUGGCAGUUAAGCUCCACACGGCAGAUGUGAUUGUUAUUGCUUUGAAGGAAAGUGGGAGGACGACACUGCCAAAGACGUUAGUUAGGGCGAGACACUACACUGCAUGAAAGGAUCGCUGUGGGCUGAAAAUAGUACUAGCCACAAGUGAUCGGCCUUCAAAGGCAUUUAUCGUCAUCUGCCGAUCACGAUACUGAUCGGUGGCCGAUCAAUCGGAGCAUCCCUCAGCCCAACAUCGUUCAGAGAAGGCCCGCCCACAAGAUGAAAGUUGAAAUGAACAUUUGGAAAGAGGGAAUUUAUCGUUUCAUGAGAACAAUUUUUUGGAUUUGCAAGCAAAACCAGCUUUUUUCAAAAAAUGUUCAAAGUAGUUGUAUUUGCAAAUAUUUUUUAGUUAGUAAUUUUUUAAACAUUUAAAAUCAGAUUGCAUUAAAAGACACACAUUUCUGUCCACCAUUUUAAUAGGAAAACACAUUUUUUGUUUUCUUUUUUUUUACUUUUCAAAUAUUUUUUCUUUUGUAUUCUUUUGUCACAGUUUUACCGUCUGCAUUGCCAAAACCGAAGUUUAAAACAUUUCUCGUUUGUUUUAUAUCAUAGUUUUACAGUCUGCAUACCGCAACUCAAUUUACAAAUAUAUUCUGUAUAUUUUAUUUUUGUAAUCAUUGUUUUGCCAUCUACAUGCCAAAAAUAAAGUUAGUUUUUGAUCAUAGUUUUGCAGUCUGCAUGAAAAAAAAAACAAAAAAAUAAAUAAAUAAAUAUAUAUAUA